GACCCACGGCCCAGGAGAGGCCGGGCGGGCCCGGAGAGUACGCUCCCCUCUCCACCCGCCACCCCCGGAAACGGGCGCCGGGGCCUCCACGCGGAUCGCUGCCGGGGAAGCUGAGGUUGGAGCGGGAGAGAGGCGACCAGGCCGAGGCCGUGGAUCUGAAGCGUCAGGGAGAGGGAAGGGGGUGAUGAGGACACUCGGAGAUCGAGGGGACAGAGACGAGGAGAGAAAAGGCUCCAGACGUGGAAGGGCGUAGACCUGCGCAGGGUGAAAUCAACAUCCUGGAAAGUAGAGACCUCACUCACACGUGGGGAGAAGUGGAGUUCGGAGUUCGGGGAGAGUAGGAAGUAAACACGCGAGCUUAAAGGUGCCGGGCCCUAGAGGAGAGAAGGGGGUGAGGCUUUUGAGGGAUCACUUUGUAGAGUUUGCCCGGGUUUUUGAGGAUAACGCCGUGUAAAACAAGCCUCUAAGAUUUACAGCCCUAUCUUGACAGUGGUCUGAGUUUUAAUAUGUACCUGCCAGCGUCAAAGCUAAUAAAGCAGGACAUCGGGGCGGCGAAAACAGCUUUUAUUCAGCAACUACUGACAGUAGGAAAAGAGCUGAGCUCCAUUCCGAUUUGCGCAGAGGUGUCCGGGGGGAUUUAAAGAGAAAAUGUAGGAAUGGGGCAAGGUGGAGCUCAAGUAGAGGCAGGGACGUGCAGAAUUACAAAGGGUUGGGUAGCGUCCUUGCAGCAGGCGAGCUGUGUCAGUUUGCUGGCAGUUACGGAAGUGAGGAUUCUUUUUUCCCACAGGGACUGGGAGACAGAGGCCCUGUCCUUCCUGGUGAUUACGCUGCAAAGGAAUGGCUUCCAUAUCCUUGAGAAAGACACUCCUAAGUUGUAGGAGGUACACACAUACAUCUCAGAGGGACAGAGCAAGGGUUCACAAUCGUAAUCCCUUUUUAGUUAAGUACUAAAGAGCGGCCAGGGACCUGUCAUCGGGUGUUGGCUAGAACAAACAGUAAAUGUCUUUUGACAGCCCCAAGUUUUUCCAGAUCUGAGCUCAAAAUGGGGCUGGUUCAUCCGAGGGCCGUAGCCACAGGCUGCUGGAGGCCAAGUUAAAGUUUGGUCAAGCCUUUGUGCAGAAGUUUGGAAGGAGUAUAUCUGCCUAGAGUUUUCACCAGCACAUUUUCCCUAACACAAAAAGCUAUUUCUUGAUCAUCUCAAUCUAAGAGAUGUUUGAGUUUCUACAAUUACUAUAUACCUGCAAACAAACUGCUGGUUCCAAACCCUGAGUUUAGGCUUUAAGGAAGUUUUGGAAAGGAUUUUAGACGGUGGAGCUUGAUCCCACUGCAGAAGAUCUAGUAAAACAUUACGCCAUCUUCAUUUUCAUAAUUAAUUUCUAGUAUUUGCAGUGUUGCCUUAUGUUGCUUUUUGUCUCCAGAGAGAAAGAUGGUGGAAGCCAGAACAUUGUUGGAUAAUUUAAUUUCUUUUUUCCUGAGGGACAACAGUAAAUAUAGUAACUUCAUUAAAAUAAUUUUUAUUUUCAUCCUCUUCCACAAUAUACUCUAUUUUUGUGUGGUAUUCGGUAAUCUUUUAUACCUUUCACUUGGAGGAAUGGCAAACAGUAAAGUAUUAUAAAUUUCUUAAAACAUUUUGUAAGAACUUUAUAUAAAUUCCAUUCACUAAAAAUGGAAAUUAGAAUUUCAUUGCAACCAAAUGAUGUGCCAUUAAGUCCCUUAGUGAAGACAACCUGUGGAAGACUAGAUUUAGUGUCUUCAAUCAACCUGGAUACCACGUUGAAUGAGCAAAGACUGAACUUUUUACAGAUACCUUUUGUAAAAGGCUUGUAAGGAAUAGUGCCAUAAUUUGAAUUGCAGUGGAUUUCACGUUAUGAGAGAAUCCCUUGUCAACCUAAUGAAUCAUUCAAAGAAGACAUCUGACUCUUUUCAAGAUGAACUUGAAGAUUAUAUCAAAGUGCAGAAAGCCAGAGGCUUAGAGCCAAAGACUUGUUUCAGAAAGAUGAGAGAGGAUUAUUUGGAAACCUGUGGAUACAAAGAAGAGGUUGAUUCUAGACCCAGGUGUAGAAUGUUUGAUCAAAGACUCCCUUAUGAACCCACCCAGACCUACCGAAGACCAUGCAAUAUCUCACAAGCAGUGGAGAAGCAGUUACCUCUGUGGCUACCAGCUCAUGACAGCAGGCUGAGACUAGACUCCCUGAGCAACUGUCAAUUCACCAGGGACUGUUUCUCAGGAAAACCAGUAGCCCUGAACUUUAGUCAACAAGAGUAUAACUGUAGCUCAUACAGUGUAGAAUCUGGAGUUUACAGGCACAUCUCCUUAGAAAACAGUACCAGUCCCUAUCAAGCUAGUUAUAAACAGAUACAUCAGAAGAGAAAAAGGCACCCAGAGGAAGGCCAGGAAAAGCCAGAAGAGGAGUGGCCCAAGCAUAAGAGGAAGAAAGCUUAUGAGGAAAUAGAUUUAGACAAACACAAGAGCAUCCAAAGAAACAAAACAGAGGCGGAAACAGUCAGAGUCAGUACAGAAAAGCCUAAGAACCAAAAGGAGAAAAAAAGCCGAGAUGUAGCCUCUAAGAAAGAGAAACGUAAGCGUAGAAAAGAGAAAAAGGAACAAGGGAAAGAAAGGACAGAAGAGGAGAUGCUUUGGGACCAGUCUAUCCUUGGAUUUUGAAGCUCUUGCAUUGGUUCUCCUGAGGUUAAACUGAAAAAAUAGUUGAGGAGCUUGGUUUUACGAUGUCCACGUUCAUAUCGCUCUUUUCAUGUGAACAGGUACAAAGGCUAAGUGAACAGAAAACAUUUAAUGUACUUGCUCUCCAACAUGGAAAUUACUUUUCUUCUCUUCUAAAAUCAUUACUACAUUUUUCUUAUGCAUAAUGUAAUUUCCCUUAAUGAGGGUGGCUCUGCUUUUAUUCAUCAAAUUGCUAUGAUGGUGGAAGUAUUUUUCCCUUGGGAGGUCAUUUAUUUUAAAUUGGAGGAUUAAUAGGCUUUACAGAAUCUAUUUAUUGAUUGGCUUUUAGUUUGGGGUGGGUGUUUUUAUGUAUCUGUGAAGCAGUUUAGAUUGAUUUCUUUUUCCUUCGCUAGAUCUAACUUGCAGUAUAUUUUCUAGAUUGGAAAGUGGAAAAUGACAUACAUUAUAAUAAGCUUAAGUUACAUACAGUUUUAAACGUUUCAAGAAGUCUUGAUACAAAAUCAGUUUAUAUUCUGGAAAUGUUUAUAAUAUAAUAAAGUUCUAAUUUCUACAA